UGGUCGCUCGGUUCUCCCAGCGCCUGGCGGAGUUUCGGACGUGGUUAAGAGCCAACUGGCUGAGGUUCAAUGCAGACAAGACGGCUGUGAUGCUGAAAAUGUGCAUCAGAUGUUUAUGUUUAAUUGGUUUACAGACUGUCUGUGGACUCUUUUCCUGUCAAAUUACCAGCCGUCUGUUGAAUCUUCAAGUCCAGGAGGUUCAGCAACAUCAGAUGACCAUGAAUUUGAUCCAUCAGCUGACAUGCUGGUUCAUGAUUUUGAUGAUGAACGAACAUUAGAAGAGGAAGAAAUGAUGGAAGGAGAAGCAAACUUCAGUUCUGAAAUAGAGGAUCUUGCAAGGGAAGGCGACAUGCCAAUUCAUGAACUUCUCAGCCUUUAUGGUUAUGACAGUACUGUUCAGUUACCUGAAGAGGAUGAGGAAGAGGAAGAAGAGGAAGAAGAAGGGGAAGAUGACGAAGAUGCUGAUAAUGAUGACAACAGUGGCUGCAGUGGGGAAAAUAAAGAAGAGAACAUAAAGGAUUCUUCAGGUCAGGAGGAUGAAACUCAGUCUUCCAAUGAUGAUCCAUCACAAUCUGUUGCUUCUCAAGAUGCCCAGGAAAUAAUUCGUCCACGUCGGUGUAAAUACUUUGAUACAAACAGUGAAAUAGAAGAAGAAUCUGAAGAAGAUGAAGAUUAUAUUCCAUCAGAAGACUGGAAAAAGGAGAUUAUGGUGGGCUCUAUGUUUCAAGCAGAGAUUCCAGUUGGCAUUUGUAGAUACAAAGAAAACGAAAAAGUAUAUGAAAAUGAUGAUCAGCUCCUAUGGGACCCUGAGUACUUACCAGAAGAUAAAGUGAUUGUAUUUCUUAAGGAUGCAUCUAGAAGAACAGGUGAUGAGAAAGGAGUAGAAGCAAUUCCUGAGGGAUCUCACAUAAAAGACAAUGAACAGGCUUUGUAUGAAUUGGUUAAGUGCAAUUUUGAUACAGAAGAAGCAUUGAGAAGAUUAAGAUUUAAUGUAAAAGCAGCUAGAGAGGAAUUAUCUGUUUGGACAGAGGAAGAGUGUAGAAAUUUUGAACAAGGGCUGAAGGCCUAUGGAAAGGAUUUUCAUUUGAUUCAGGCUAAUAAAGUGCGAACAAGGUCAGUUGGUGAAUGUGUAGCAUUCUACUACAUGUGGAAAAAAUCUGAACGUUACGAUUUUUUUGCUCAGCAAACACGAUUUGGAAAAAAGAAAUAUAAUCUUCAUCCUGGUGUAACGGAUUACAUGGAUCGUCUUCUGGAUGAAAGUGAAAGUGCUGCUUCCAGCCGAGCACCGUCCCCUCCCCCAACCGCCUCAAAUAGCAGCAACAGCCAGUCUGAGAAGGAAGACGGCGGCGCUGUGAGCAGUAACCAAAACGGGGUGUCAUCCAACGGACCAGGCGUACUCCACAUGCUUCUUCCCGUUCAUUUUCCGUCAUCGGUCCAAGAGCCAAUGCCUUUUUAGAGCACAUCUGCUGUGGUUUUGUUUUUCCUGGCUUGGCUGUCUAAUGCACUUGGGUGGAGGUUUGCACUGAGCAGUUCUCGUUUAGACCUUGCCCCACCGAGUAUUUCCCUGGUAGCUGUCCAGACUGCUUCCCUUCACCAGUGUGAACAACUUUUCCAGACAGUGUUAAAGGCACUUUGCAACAUUUGACUUCAUAUCACAUGCAUCGCUGUGGCUACAUGCAUGUCCAAGUAAACGGGAGUUUGGGGUACAAGUGUCCAAAGGCGUGAGAGUUUUUUGUUUCUGUUUGUUUCUCUUCAGACAUUAAUUUUAUCCAGAAUGGCAGUAGCUUUAGCAGAUGGUCACAGUCCAUUUUCUGAAUAAUUUUUUGUUCAACGAAUCCAAAGUAUCCUGGCUGUUUGUCAAAGAUGGUCUGUAGAAAUGUUUUAAAAGAUUAGUGAUGCUGUGCUUUCUAAGUUGUUGCGAUGUUAGAGAUGCCAUUCUCACAUUUUUUAAAAGAUGCGUUUUAUUUGCAGGAUUGUGAAGUCCUUGCAAACGAUUAUUACAGGAACGUUUUAAGUAAAUUCUCAGGCAUGUUUGCAAAUACGCACAUGUACAUGUGUUAGGAAAUUUUGCUUUUCUUGAUCUUCUAAAAAUAUGCCUAACAAAAGACAUUCCAUUAUUACAAUAUGUGAUGCUCAGCUUUUCGUAAUAUUUCAUUGUAUUUGUGUUAUGCAGGUAUUCCGCAUAGUACUUUGUUCUUCAUAAUGCAGCCACUAUAACUUGAUAAGUCAUUGCACUAUUUAAAAAUGCUUCGUAAUAUCCUGAGUUUAAUUUGCUUAGGAUUUAGUGCAUUCAGAACUCUGGAGCUCUCGACAAAUUGCAUUGGGAAGUCUGUUGCUAGUUAAUUAGUCCCCCCACCCCAGCCUCAUUCCCACGCCCUGCAGAGCACUACUAUCAUUUGGAAUGGUAUUUUUUUUGUUUCCUGAUGUGUUGCAAAUAGAGUUCAGAAUCUGCAACUCAGUUCAACACAGAUCUGUUGAGCUUUAAAAAUGUAUUCGACAUAUAUUUAAAUAGGCACUUAAAAUGACAAAUUAGAUGUUUUUAAAUUUAUGCAUAGUAAUUUUGCACUGUAAAAUAAUUCCCUUCUCCCAUUCCUUGUCUGCCAUUCUGAAUAUGCUUAUUAAAAUAUUUUUUUAAACAU